AGAAGGCUGAGGAGACACGGAAUGAAGAUGUGGCGGCUACUCCUCCUUGGGGUGGCCACAGGCAGAUGUCUGCAUGAGGAGACCCAGAAGUCUGUGCGCCUUCUUAGGCCUCCUUUCUCCCAAAUGCCCACCCACUUCCGCUCCUCAAUCCUUCCUCUCCCUGGCUCCCAUGAGCCUCGACCCCUUAGAAUCCAAACCUACUACUCAAGAGCUCCUGUGCCCGGUGAGGCUUGGGAUCCUGAGGGGGAAACGCGAGCCCUGGCUGCCGUGACAGAGACCACUCGAAGGAUUCAGGGCAUCCUAGCAGUUCUCCCGGUACAAGGACCUCUGCUCCUGAGUCGAGACCCUGCACAAUACUGCCACGCCGUCUGGGGAGACCCAGAUACCCCUAACUACCAAAGGUGCAGCAUCUUGAACCCAGGGUACAAAGGAGAGAGUUGCCUUGGAGCAAAGAUUCCAGAUGCCCACCUGCGUGGUUAUUCCUUGUGGCCAGAGCAUGGUCUGCCCCAGCUAAUCCAACCAGAUGGCCCCGGAGUCCAAAAUGCUGACUUUCUCCUGUAUGUGCAGGUUGCCCACACUUCCAAGUGUCACAAAGAGCCCUCUGUCAUAGCCUAUGCUGCCUGCUGCCAGCUGGACUCAGAAGACAGGCCCCUCGCUGGUACCAUCGUCUACUGUGGCCAACAUCUCAGAAGCCCAACACUCAGCCAUGAUGAUAUUGUCAUGGCUACACUACAUGAACUGCUGCAUGCCCUGGGUUUUUCUGGACAGCUCUUCAAGAUGUGGCGAGACUGUCCAUCAGGACUCAGUGCUAGAGAGAAUUGUUCUACGAGGAAACAGGUGACCCGGCGAGAUGAACGGGGACAACUGCUUCUCACCACCCCAGCUGUCAGCCACAGCCUAGCCAAACACUUGGGGGUGCCUGGGACUUUGCAGGGAGCUCCUUUGGAAGAAAAGGGCUCUUUGUCUUCACACUGGGAAUCCAGAUUACUUCAGGGAUCUAUAAUGACUGCUACCUUCCAUGGUGCCCAGCACACUCGACUUGACCCAGUAACCCUUGCUGCUUUUGAAGAUUCAGGCUGGUACCAGGUCAACCACAGUGCCGCAGAGGAACUUUUGUGGGGCCAGGGCUCUGGUCCAGACUUUGGCCUGGUGAGCACAUGCAGGACUGGAUCCUCAGAUUUCUUCUGCACCGGCAGUGGCCUGGGCUGUCACUACUUGCACCUGGACAAGGGAAGCUGUGACUCUGACUCAACACUAGAAGGCUGCCGCAUAUACAAACCCUUAGCCAAAGGGAGUGAAUGCUGGAAGGAAGAGAAUGGACUCCACACCAGAGCGGAGAACCCCCACGGGGAGAUCUACCAUAGGCACAGUCGCUGCUUCCUUGCCAACCUUACCUCCCAAGUGCUCUCCAAACACACCAGCCAACCCUCAACAGCUCCGGAUCUUGAAGAUCCCACAGGCUGUUGCUAUUUACAUCAGUGCACCCACAAGGGAGCCUACGAGGUGCAAGUGGAGGGAUCACCGUGGAUCCCCUGCCUUCCGGGGAAGGCUGUUCAGAUCCCUGGCUACGACGGUCUUCUCUACUGUCCCCAAGGCCGGCUGUGUCUGAGGGAUGAAGGUGCCAGGGCUGCCACUUCUCAACCGAUGAGCUUUACAACCCAAGACCUGCUAUCCCAGCUGUCUCUAAGGUUAACGGGGACCCCAGGCCACUCUCUGGGGAAAGGACAGAGAGAAGAGCUUGCUGAGGUCGUUCUGCAGGCCCUGGUGAUGAGAGCUGGCACUAGCAGGUGUUAUUUCCACAGCCCGACCAUCACCACCAGCUUGGUGUUCACUGUGAGUAUGUGGAAGUCUCCUGGCUGCCAUGGACCUUCCGUUGCUAUGCUACACAGGACCCUGACCCUGACCCUACAGAUGAAGCCCCUCCAAGUACACCAUGGAGAAGCCAUCUUUACCACAGACUACAGCAAGCUGUGGACUUCCUUGGACCAUAACCCCUCUAUGACUGAGCUACUUCUGUCCACUGGAUUCUGCCUUCUGGUGUUAAUUCUGGUGGGUGCACUGGGAACUUUGGCUUACCAGAAACGGGCUAUGCUCCAAGUGGCACCAUCUACCACUUAACCAUCACAAGAGCUACAUGGCACAAGAGAUCAGAUUAAAAUAAAGCAGUCAUGAUGCCACUCUGCCGGAUGCCAGACAGCAAGAGGGCUCACUGGGUAAAGUCCUUCACCUGUGCGGAUUCCCAAGGAGCCACAGUAUGGAGAAAACCAGCUCUGCAAGCUGUCCUGACUUGUACGUGUGCGCCGUGGCUCACGGGUACUCAUACACUGAUGCACAUGCAGCGCCAUGGCUCACGGGUACUCAUACACUGAUGCACAUGCAGCGCCGUGGCUCACGGGCACUCACACAUAGAUGCACAUGCAGCGCCGUGGCUCACGGGCACUCAUACACUGAUGCACAUGCAGCGCCGUGGCUCACGGGCACUCACACAUAGAUGCACAUGCAGCGCCGUGGCUCACGGGCACUCAUACACUGAUGCACAUGCAGCGCCGUGGCUCACGGGCACUCAUACACUGAUGCACAUGCAGCGCCGUGGCUCACGGGCACUCACACAUAGAUGCACAUGCAGCGCCGUGGCUCACGGGCACUCACACAUAGAUGCACAUGCAGCGCCGUGGCUCACGGGCACUCAUACACUGAUGCACAUGCAGCGCCGUGGCUCACGGGCACUCACACAUAGAUGCACAUGCAGCGCCGUGGCUCACGGGCACUCAUACACUGAUGCACAUGCAGCGCCGUGGCUCACGGGCACUCACACAUAGAUGCACAUGCAGCGCCGUGGCUCACGGGCACUCAUACACUGAUGCACAUGCAGCGCCGUGGCUCACGGGCACUCAUACACUGAUGCACAUGCAGCGCCGUGGCUCACGGGCACUCACACAUAGAUGCACAUGCAGCGCCGUGGCUCACAGGCACUCAUACACUGAUGCACAUGCAGCGCCGUGGCUCACGGGCACUCACACAUAGAUGCACAUGCAGCGCCGUGGCUCACGGGCACUCAUACACUGAUGCACAUGCAGCGCCGUGGCUCACGGGCACUCAUACACUGAUGCACAUGCAGCGCCGUGGCUCACGGGCACUCACACAUAGAUGCACAUGCAGCGCCGUGGCUCACGGGCACUCAUACACUGAUGCACAUGCAGCGCCGUGGCUCACGGGCACUCAUACACUGAUGCACAUGCAGUGCCGUGGCUCACGGGCACUCACACAUAGAUGCACAUGCAGCGCCGUGGCUCACGGGCACUCAUACACUGAUGCACAUGCAGUGCCGUGGCUCACGGGCACUCAUACACUGAUGCACAUGCAGCGCCGUGGCUCACGGGCACUCACACAUAGAUGCACAUGCAGCGCCGUGGCUCACGGGCACUCAUACACUGAUGCACAUGCAGCGCCGUGGCUCACGGGCACUCACACAUAGAUGCACAUGCAGCGCCGUGGCUCACGGGCACUCACACAUAGAUGCACAUGCAGCGCCGUGGCUCACGGGCACUCAUACACUGAUGCACAUGCAGCGCCGUGGCUCACGGGCACUCACACAUAGAUGCACAUGCAGCGCCGUGGCUCACGGGCACUCACACAUAGAUGCACAUGCAGCGCCGUGGCUCACGGGCACUCACACAUAGAUGCACAUGCACACGGUCAGAGUUGCUCUUAUAGAGACCCAAGCACCAACACUGGUGGCUCACAACCUUCCAUAACUGUAGUUCCAGGGUAUCCGACAUCCUAGUCUGACCUCUGUGGGCACUAGCAUGUACAUGGUACAUACACAUGGCAUGCAGGCCCUCACACACACAUGUAGAUAUAAAUAAAAAGACAUCUGGAUGGAAAACCCUA